CGCAAGUCAACGUGCAUCAACCCCCAUGUUUCCUCCUAAGCUGCAACCUCAUCUUUGCAUCCUCUCUUUUUACAUCGCCAUCAACUAGAGUAUAUAUUCUUAUAAAUCAGCCAGCAUCAAAACCAAAUAUAUCGAUAUCAGUCCCAAACAGUAUAUACAUGUUCCAAAUCACAAUGGCCCUCACUCUGACAGGCCUCCCAUACACCAUCUUCACAGACAUCAUCUCCCGCCUCUCCGCCACGGAAGCAAUCCUCUGUCAGCGCAUCUCCCGGGCCUUCCGCGAGGCCCUCACCAGGAACGACCUCUGCAUCAGCCUCAUCCUAACGCACUUCCCGCGCUCGCUGGAAGGCAGGCGGCUCAGGCAGCUUCUCCGGACCGGCGAACUCGGGGCCCUCGAGCGCGGCGACUGGGCCGCUGUGUUUGCGAGGCUGGCGCGGCGGUAUUUUCAUCUGGGGAAUGCCGUGCCGUGGAAGGUCGUCAAGGUGCCAGUGCUGAAAGAUGACAAGCGGCUGAGGGGCGUGACGCCGUGGAAUCGGUUUCUGAGCCUCAACGGCAAGACGGCGCCGUUCCACUUUUGGGACCCGGUAUGGACCGUGGCUGAGGCCGAGGGAUUGUUGGUGUAUCCGGCGCCGAUGGGGGAGGAUGUCGGGUUCCGGGCCCGGGAUCUGGAGACGGGGGUGGAGGUGGAUGUGCCUUUUGACAUGAGCGGCAAGAUUGUGAGGCGAGUCCGCAUCAGCCAUGGGAUUCUCAUGGUUGAGUGGUGCGAGCAGCAGCCAAGUCGUGCAGGCAACGGAGACGCGGCGAUACAUCGCCACUAUGCAACCGCUUACAUCGUCCGCAGGAUCGGACUCUGGGACGGCGUCAUCCCCCGGCGUGAUGGCCAAGUGUCAGCCUAUUCUUGGGCCUUUGAAUUCCUCUGCGAGUGCAAGAUUCAUCAUCUCGGUUUGCCUAUCAAUCACCAAGACCGCUUCUUCUCGACGCAUAAUGCUACUCACUACGUCGUCUACACAUGGCAGGCUGCGCGUUCCCCCUGGGAAGACGAGCCCCUUGAGCGGCUCACCAUAUGGGAGUUUGGAAAUCCCUCUACAUACAGACCAUCCCAGGAUCCAUUCGGAACAGCAAAUCGAGACGACUCCGGCCCACGCAUCAUCCGCAGCAUGACAAACGGCCAGCUCCGCGAAUGGGCCAUCCGCCAAAGUGACACGCCGGCCCUGCGUGUCAUGGCCAUCGACGACUGCACCUGGGACGCCGCCAGGGGCUCUGCCUGCGGCCACGUCUUCUUCACCGAAGAGGAGCACCGCUGGUCCGCCGGCCCUCACAGCAGCUCGAACCCGCCUCGCCUACAUCGUGUCAAGACGACGGGGAUCCCGCUGAUAGGCGAAGGCCCUCGGUGGGUGGACGACUGCGGCGGCGGAGGCGGUGUCAACCUGCCUUUUUGCUGCGACGGCCGGUGGGCGAGACGACUGGCGGGGACGGACGACAACGUCUACGAUGCUAGUGACGAGAGUCUUGGCGUUGGCAUCGAGAAGUCAUGGAACAACAAUCACUCGCAUACCUGGCCUGGUCGCGCUCCCUGCUGGCGCCACGACGACUGGCCCUACGUGACGCUCUCCGAGGUCUUUGAUGCUGCGGCAGGCGUCCGCGUCAUUGCCCGCGAGUGCUUCAUGCUCGAGACCCUAUCCGUGCACAUCCGGCCCAAGAUCCGCAUCCAGGGCAUCGGCGAGAGCGGCGCCAAAUUUACUGCCAGAGGAACCACAAUGUCACGCACGAGCAGACGCAGAAAGAGACGCACACGAAGACCAAGUGCUGCGAGGAGCGGCAGCGGAAGCAGCAAUGGCAGCAGUAGCAGUACCACUUCUCACCAGACGCCCGACGGAAAUGAAACUGCUGCCGCCAGUAGUAGCAGCAGCAACAGCGGCAAGGGAGGCGUCACGACGCAGGGCCCAGACGGGCAGGAGGUCCAGUUCGCGGACGACGUGUGGCCUGAGAUGAUGGCCAAGGGCUUCAUCUGCGGAGACGAGCGGUGGCUCGUCGGCGAGGACGCCAAGGGGGAUGUCACCAUUAUCGUCUUUUGAAGCAUUGACGACGAUAUUAAAAAAGCGAAAUAUACACAUUCACACAUCUGAUCUAAAAUACCGAGACAAGUAGAUAGCAUAUAAAUAAACCCCUCAUAGCGUGUAAGCAACAAGAAACGAGACGUCAGUUGAGGCUAUGCAAGGAACGAACGGAACGGCAACUAAAAAAGUCAGGAACAGGAAACAUCACGUUACGUCUCAUGCUCAAGGGUGGUCACGUUCUCAAAUCUCAAACCCACAACAUAAGAAAAUUAGAAGAAAAUUAGAAGAAAAAAAAUCACUCAUUUGCUUCGCC